AUGUAUCAGACCGCCGACUCAACCGUUAGUGGUGAUGAAGUGAGAUUUAAAGAUUUCAGAGAAGUGAAGGAGAACAUGCAACUCCUUGAGAAGAAGUUCCGAGCAUUGGAAGGAGACCACGCCUUUAGUUCUGCUACCAAAGAAAUGUGCCUUGUAUCUGGGUUGGUAAUUUUGACUAAGUUCAAAACUCCGGAUUUUGACAAAUACAAGGGGCAUACUUGCCCAAAGAGCCAUCUCAUCAUGUAUUACCGUAAAAUGGCUGCUCACGUGGAAGACGACAAGCUAGUGGUCCACUGUUUCCAAGAUAGCUUGAGUGGGGCUCCUUCCAAGUGGUAUUUAAGUUUGGAUCAAAGUAGGAUCAGAUGCUUCCAAGACCUAUCAGACACGUUCAUCAAACACUACAAAUACAACAUGGACAUGGCGCCCGAUAGAAGACAACUGCAAAGCAUGUUCCAGCAUGACAAAGAAUCCUUUAAGGAAUAUGCUCAGAGAUUAAGGGAAAUGGUUUCUCAAGUUGAACCACCUCUCUCCGAAAAGGAACUUGCUGAACUAUUCAUCGACACUGUCCAACCCCAAUUCUAUGAGAAGAUGAUUGGAAGUGCUUCAUUGGGAUUCUCCGAGCUUGUUGCUAUAGGAGCUCAUGUUAAGUACGCCUUAAGAAAUGGUAAACUUGUAGCUGUGGCCGGAACUUCAAGUGCCAAUCCGAAGAAGUUCUCUGGAGGGUUUCCAAAAAAGAAAGAAGGUGAAACUAAUGAUCCUAUAUAUCCCGUCCAGUACGCCCCACAACCGUACGUAGCUGCUGUGACGCCCGCAUUUAAUCAACAACUUGCUCAGGAUUAUCAACCACCUCCGGUUUAUCACCCAACUCCAGUUUAUCAACCAACUCCAGCUCAACAACGUGCUCCUGCUCCCCUGGUUUAUCAGCAAGCACCGGCAGCUCCUGCCUAUCAACAACCGAGAGCUCAAGCUCCGAGGCAAAAUGCUCAAAAUCAAAAUAAGAGACAGGGGGAUAGGGCAACCUUCAAUCCAAUUUCAAUGUCGUAUACUGAGCUUUAUCCCUCUCUGUUUCAAAAAGGUUCGGUGGUUCCUAUACCUAUGGGACCUCCACCUGAUUGUCUGCCUCCAUGGUAUAACCCUAAUGCACAUUGUCCUUUUCAUGAGGGUGCCCCCGGGCAUGACCUAGAGGGUUGCUAUGCUUUGAAGCAUAGGGUUCAUGAGCUUAUUGAUAGAAAGAUUCUAUCUUUUAGGGAUAUGGGACCAAACGUGAAGAAUAAUCCCAUUCCUCCCCAUGGAGACCCUACCGUGAAUGCGAUUGAAGAUGCCUCUGAUGGUGUUAUGGUUGAGAAGGUUGAUGAUGUUAAGACUCCUUUGGCAGCAUUCCAUGCCCGAUUGGUGGAAGCGGGCCUGAUUGAUAUUUGUCAUGACAACUGUGAAGAGUGUGCCACACACCCAAGGGGGUGCCAGAUGGUACGAGACAAUAUUCAAGACUUGAUGAACAAAGGAGGGCUUCAAAUCUCCAGUGUUGUAAAGAAUGAAGAUGUGUCAGUAAUUGAACCUUGUUUCAAUUUACCUGAAUCGGUUGAAAUCCCUUACUAUAGUAGAAGAGUGGUGCCUGCGAAUAGUCAUCCGUCACCUGUUGAGAUCUGUAUGCUUACAUCGUUUCCAUAUGAAAGCACCAAGGUUAUGCCUUGGAAAUAUGAGAUUACCGUUGUGGACAAGGUCGUUAAAGGAAGUGAAGACGGUGAAGUGACAGAAACUGCGAAUGAGGAUGUCACCAAUAUUGCAGGAAUGAGCAGAAUGACUCGUAGUGGUCGGAUUUAUACGCCUGAAUUCAAUGUGAAUCCUCAAGUGGCGGCCAAGGAAUCUACAGUGGUAGCUCCCACUAAAGAACCCGAAGUGGUCCCUGUUGAAUUCUUGAAGUUGAUCAAGAUAAGUGAUUACAAAGUUAUGGAUCAGCUGCAUCAGACACCAUCUAAGAUUUCUAUUUUGUCUCUGCUAUUGAACUCCCAAGCCCAUAGGGAGGCUUUGCUGAAGGUGCUUGCCCAAGCUCAUAUAACACAAAGCAUAACAUUAGACCAGUUUGAUGGGGUGGUCGCAAACAUCACAACUUGCAAUACUUUAAGCUUCAGUGGAGAGGAAUUACCUGAAGAUGGACAAAACCACAAUCGUGCUCUCCAUAUCUCAGUAAAGUGCAAAGAUGAUGCUUUGGCAAGAGUCUUGGUGGAUAUCAGAUCUUCUUUAAAUGUGAUGCCAAAGAGAACACUCGCCAAGUUAUCUUAUCAAGGACCAGCUAUGAAGCCCAGUGCCUUGAUAAUGAAAGCUUUUGAUGGUUCCAGGAGAACCGUAAUUGGAGAGGUGGAAUUGCCCAUAUUUAUUGGCCCUCAUAUAUUCCCGAUUCAUUUCCAAGUCAUGGAUAUUAAUCCUGUGUAUAACUGCUUAUUGGGGCGUCCCUGGAUUCAUGCUGCAGGGGAAGUUACCUCCACUUUACAUCAGAAACUGAAGUUUGUAAUGGACAAUCAACUGAUCAUCAUUUCUGGAGAGGAAGACUUUGUGGUUAGUCACCUUUCAUCCUUCAGGUAUAUCGAGGCUGAUGAGGACGCUUUGGAAACUUCUUUCCAAGCUCUUGAAAUAGCCAAUGCCAAUUUUGUGGAGAUGAAGGACCUUGUUGGGAAAGCUUGUUCAUCUUUCGCUUCUCUGAAAAGCGCAAAGUCUAGCAUUGAAGGAGGAAACCCUGAAGGUUGGGGCCAGGUUAUUGAUGUUCGUGAAAAGCAUGAUCAUUUCGGUCUGGGAUAUGUGCCUUCCGCCGCAAAAGAAGCAUGGGUCCAUGCAAAGGACAAAACCCGAAGCAUCCAGGAAGUAUUCCUCAGUAUAAGAUUUAUCCAUGAAGAUCAGGUCAACGCAAUUGAAGACAACACCGAAGAUGAAGAUGAGUCAUGUUUGGUUUACCAAAGUGAGACAGCUUUGAACAAUUGGAAGGCGGUUGAGAUCCCUGAAAUUUUUCCUUUGUCAAAGUAA